UGUCAAAAUUAGGGAGGAUGUGGUGUUUUGUUUUGUAAUUUCGUAAAUAAACUCUGCUGAUUAGCUUCAAUUCGAAUAUAAUUUGAUAUUUAAAUACAGUACAUCAAUAUCGAUUAGUUAGCAGCGAUAUAUUAACUCAAUGGAGAUGGUGCAGUAGAUAUAAAGCAGAAGCAUUACGUUUCCGGUAGUUGUGCUUAAAAUAGUAAUUUCCGAGUGAUUUUGUGGGAAAAACUAUGUCUGUGAGUGAGAAAGUGUCUCUUUCCGAUGCUCUGAGCAACGUAGAUGUGUUGGACGAGCUCACAUUACCAGACGAACAACCAUGCAUAGAGGCUGCACCAUGUUCGAUUCUGUAUCAAGCCAACUUCGAUACAAACUUCGAGGACCGCAAUGGGUUCGUCACCGGUAUUGCCAAGUACAUAGAGGAGGCAACAGUUCAUGCCAACUUGAACGAAUUGUUGGAAGAAGGCAACGCUCACGCCGUAAUGCUGUACACCUGGAGAUGCUGCAGCCGCGCCAUCCCUCAGCCCAGGUCCAAUGAACAGCCUGACAGGGUCCACAUAUAUGAGAGGACCGUCCAGGUCUUAGCUCCUGAAGUCGACAAACUGCUGCAGUUCAUGUACUUUCAGCGUAAAGCGAUAGAGCGUUUCUGCGGUGAAGUGCGCCGCUUGUGCCACGCGGAGAAGCGGCGCGACUUCGUGUCGGAAGCGUACUUACUCACCCUGGGCAAGUUCGUGAACAUGUUCGCGGUGCUCGACGAACUGAAGAACAUGAAGAGUAGCGUGAAGAACGACUAUUCUACCUACAGGAGAGCGGCGCAGUUUCUGAAAGUGAUGUCCGACAGUCAAAGUCUGCAGGAGUCGCAGAAUCUGUCCAUGUUCCUGGCGACGCAGAACAAAAUACGGGACACGGUGAAAGAUGCCUUGGAGAAGAUUAACGGCUACGAAGACUUGUUGGCAGACGUUGUCAAUAUUUGCGUCCACAUGUUCGAGACCAAGAUGUACCUCACUCCAUCUGAGAAACACAUGCUUGUCAAAGUCAUGGGCUUUGGUUUGUUCCUGAUGGACUCUGAAGUGUGCAACAUUAACCGAUUGGAUCAGAAAAAGAAGAUUCGUUUAGAUCGCAUUGAUAGGAUUUUCAAGAACUUGGAAGUAGUCCCAUUAUUCGGGGACAUGCAAAUAGCUCCGUUUAAUUAUAUCAAGCGUUCGAAACACUAUGACCCGAGCAAAUGGCCGUUGUCCUCGAGCCCUAAUCCGCCUUCGCCCCAGGCCGACCUGAUGGUCCACCUGCCUCAGAUCAGGGAGGAACAUCAGAACUAUAUUUCCGAACUGGCCAGAUAUAGCAACGAGGUAACCACCACCUUCAAAGAAGCAGGCUCGGACUCCGAAAACAAAACAGUCACCGACCUAUGCCUUCGGGGCUUACAACUGCUGUCCUCCUGGUGUUCAGUAUUAACAGAACUUUGUUCUUGGAAACUGCUGCACCCUACUGACCAUGCCACCAACCCGAGAUGCCCGCCCGACGCUGAGGAGUAUGAGAGGGCCACACGCUACAACUACACAUCCGAGGAAAAGUUCGCCAUGAUAGAAGUGAUAGCCAUGAUAAAAGGUCUACAAGUACUAAUGGCUCGUAUGGAGACCGUAUUCUGCGACGCUGCCAGACGUUCAAUUUACGCUCAACUGCAGGACUUUGUUCAGUUGGCAUUACGCGAUCCACUACGUAAGGCGAUCAAGAACAAGCGCGACUUGAUACGCAGUAUAAUAGUAUCGGUAAGGGAGACUUGUGGCGAUUGGGCCCGGGGCUGCGAGCCUCAACAAGACCCGGCCUUGAAGGGAAAGAAGGACGGAGAGGCCAGCUUCACCAUUAAAGUCCCGCGGCGGAAUGUUGGUCCGUCAUCAACGCAACUCUACAUGGUCCGCACCCAACUGGAGGCCCUAAUAUCGGACAAAUCUGGUGGCAGAAGAACUCUUCGCAAAGAUCUGGACGCCGGAGUACUCCAGCAUAUCGAGACUUUCCAUCGCCAGAGCUUCUACUGGGGUUAUUUGUUGAAUUUAUCAGAUUCAUUGCAGAAGUGCUGCGACCUCUCCCAGUUGUGGUACAGAGAGUUCUACCUCGAAAUGACGAUGGGGAGAAAAGUCAACAAAUGCACAGUCCGCCAUCAGCACAACGAGGAGUGCAACGAUCUCAUCACCAUGGAGAAGAGGAUCCAGUUCCCCAUAGAGAUGUCUAUGCCCUGGAUAUUGACUGACCAUAUAUUGCGUAGCAAGGAGCCAGCUAUGAUGGAGUACGUCCUCUAUCCGCUGGACUUGUACAACGAUUCGGCGCAAUACGCGCUGACCGUAUUCAAGAAGCAGUUCUUGUACGACGAAGUGGAAGCGGAAGUGAACCUGUGUUUCGAUCAGUUCGUGUACAAGCUGUCCGAACAGGUUUACUCGCACUACAAGCAGCUGGCGGCCAGUAUGGUGCUGGACAAACGUUAUCGUGCCGAAUGUGCCGCCCGAGGGGCUAGCACUGCCGCCGGCGCCGGCAGAUAUGCUUCCUUGCUGCGGCAGCGGCACGUAGCCUUGCUGGGGCGGCAUGUAGACCUUACUGCAUUGGUAGCGCAACGUAUUAAUGCUGACAUGCACAGAGCACUGGACACAGCGGUAGCGAAGUUCGAGGCCGGGGACAUCACUGGAGUUGUGGAACUGGAAGGCCUCAUCGCCGUAAACCGACUCUGCCACAAACUCCUCAGUCGUUAUUUGACCCUGGACGAAUUCGAAGCCACAUUGCGUGAAUCGGACCACGGCGUAUUAGCGCCGUAUGGCAGGAUCGCUUUCCAUGUGUUCUGGGAGCUCAACUACGACUUCCUGCCCAAUUAUUGCUACAACGCUGCUACGGACAGGUUCGUGAAAUGCCGCGGCAUUCAAUUUGCGGCCGCUGUGCAGCGUGAGAGACCUCAACAAGCAGGCCACGCCCUACUGUGGGGUUCCAAACAACUCACAUUGGCGUAUUCGGCCCAAUACGCCCAAUACAAUGGUUUCGUCGGUGGGGUACAUUUACACGCGCUAGUACGCUUGCUAGGCUACCAAGGUGUAGCAAUGGUGGUGUCCGAACUGCUAGGAGUUGCUAGAGGAUUGCUACAUGGAACCCUGGCUCAGUUUACUAGGGCACUGCAAGCUGUAAUGCCUAGGCAUUGCAAACUGCCGAGAUAUGAUUAUGGAUCCAACGGCGUGUUGGGUUACUACCACGCGCAGCUGACGGACAUAGUUCAGUAUCCGGACGCGCGCACGGAACUGUUCCACGCGUUCAGGGAACUCGGGAACAUUAUACUGUUCUGUAUGCUGAUUGAGCAGGCGCUGAGUCAGGAAGAAGUGACGGAUUUGCUCCACGCUGCGCCGUUCCAGAACAUUCUGCCGCGCCCUUACACAGCAGAGGGCGAAAAACCAGAGACAAAGCAGAAGCGUCUCGAAGCGAAGUACUCGGCGCUCCAAAUAGUGACAAAUGUGGAUAAAUUCGGAACUGCCAAGCAAAGUCAGCUAGCCCGCGAAGGGGAGCUCCUAACACGCGAGCGCCUAUGCUGCGGGCUAUCCUUGUUCGGCGUGGUGCUGCGCCGCCUGCGCGCCGCGCUGCAGCCCCCGCACUGGCCCGCGCCGGCGCCUGCGCACGCGCCGCCACAACCCGACGAUACCAACGAGUUCCAUAGGUUGUGGUCGGCUUUGCAGUUCCUCUACUGUAUCCCAGUUGGUGACACACAAUUUACUGUGGAAGAGUUGUUCGGCGAGGGACUUCAUUGGGCCGGAUGCACUAUUAUAGCGUUGUUGGGGCAACAGCGGAGAUUCGAAGCCCUUGACUUCUGCUAUCAUAUCCUGCGCGUGCAAAGAGUCGACGGAAAGGAUGAGCCGGUCAAGGGGAUUCCCCUGAAACGCAUGGUGGAUCGUAUUCGUCGAUUCCAAGUGUUGAACUCUCAGAUAUUUAGCGUUCUGUCGCGUCACAUCGCCGCUGACGAGGAGCGCGCCGGCGUCGAACAUGUUCGUUGUUUUCCACCACCAGCGGCCCAUCAUCAUGCGAAUUAAACACGAAAAUCAACGACAACAACAAAAAAAUCUGUGGAAAAAAAACGCCAAUGAAGCGUGAAAUCAUAGGAAACGAAACGCUGAUAAAAGAUUUAUUCGAUAUUUCCCACCAUCAUAAAAUAAAUACAUUGCUAAGAUAAAUUAUGUUUUCCACCAUCACACAUUUCUGCUACACACAAUUCAUACCUACCUUAAUUAUUUAUAUUAUCACGCGAAUUAAACACGAAAAUCAGUGGAAAAAAUAAAGAAAGAAAAAACGCCAAUGGAGCGUAAAAUCAUGGAAAACGAAACGCUGAUAUAAAAGAUUUAUUCGAUAUUUCCCACCAUCAUAAAAUAAAUACAUUGCUAAGAUAAAUAAAUAAAAUUAAGUUUUCCACCAUCACAUCACACAUUUCUGCUACACACAAUUCAUACCAACCUUAAUUGUUUAUAUCAUCACGCGAAUUAAACACGAAAAUCAUUGGAAAAAAUAAAGAAAAAACGCCAAUGAAGCGUGUAAUAAUAGGAAACGAAACGCUGAUAAGAGAUUUAUUCGAUAUAUCCCACCAUCAUGAAAUAAAUAGACAAAAAAAAAGUUUUCCACCAUCACACAUUUACAUACCUACCUUAAUUUAUUAUUUUUGACACCAUUCCAAAUAACACAAAAUUGCAGUGUUAUUGAAAUCAAGAUAUUUAGCUUUCUGGCGGGUCACAUCGCCGCCGACGAAGAGCGCGCGAGUGUGAAUUCAUCACGCGAGUGAAACGCAAAAAUAAAGAAAUUACUGACAUUUGUAAGUAAAAAAUAGACAUAUAUUUAUAUGUCUAUUUUUCUGUUAAGUAUUGUUUAAACUGAAGCAAUUUAUUAGAAAUGUAUGUUAAAUGAGCUGGU